AUGAAAGUGGGAAAAAUGCUGGUCACUGACUACCAGUCUGACGAGAAAAGUUACGACUGCUUGUUCAAUGACUCGCUUAUUUUGAUAGCAAAUAAUCAACUUGGUGAUGCACUCAAGUUAUUGGAUUUGGCGCAAUCAGUUUGCACUACUCAGAACCAAGACCUAGAUGCCGGUGAUCUUUUGCUUGAGUUGGCCCCUAUAAAAUUGACCAUUGCAUACAUAUAUCAAGUUCAAGGGCGGAUAAGCGAGGCAAAGGCAUUGUUGGACGAAUUCAGGAAUAAUGAAACAGUUGACCAUAUGACCAAGCUUGUUACCACCAACAACUAUUAUGCCCUCGAAGGAAUCCCCGAUUCAAAGCUGAGUAUUGCCUUGAGAGAUCUCGAUUACCAGGCUAGAAUGCAUAAAUUACAGCAAAAAUUAACCAAACCACAACUGAAUGUGCUCAUGAAGAACAAAUUGUUGCUCCAAUUCCACGCUCAUGCCUUGUCGAAGUCGUCCAAAUAUUUCACCAAGGCGUUCACGAGCGAGUACCAAAAACUCUACCCUGGCGACUACACUUUCAAUGUCUAUAAAGUACUCAAUCAACUCGAUAUAACCAUCUCUGACGUGAACGAUGGAAAUGCCGAGCAAUGCGCCAGAAAAUUGUACCAGCACGCAAAGACAGACCUCUCCGAACCUGAGAGAAUCUCCACUACCCUUCUCUUGGUAGCCGUCAACAACAUUAUGGGUCGCUACGAUCAAUGUCUCAGUGUGCUUGAAAAAAUAUGGGACUCAAGAACGUCCGAAACAUUAAUCCCUGCUCUUGCUGGUACGUUAUUUGGGUUAUUGAACGAACUCAACUACCAUCAAGAUGAUCAACGUGAUCUGUUAUCGAAAACAAAGGCCAAACAAACCAGCUUCAUUGUGGCUCUCAUAAAAUAUUUCCAAGACCAUGGGGUAUCCAAGUGCUACAAUUUUGCAAGAGAAAUUGCAUUUAGGUUGUACCAAAAUGGCGAUGAGAAGGCAGAGGAUGUUUUAAGAGUUUUGCAGAAAGAAGACCCUCAGGAUAGACUUGUUGCAGCUGCUCUUGACGGCGAUAAUAGUAAGCUUGACAAGGUUGAAACCUUGCAAAGUUCCACCGACAUAAACGAGCUUUUAUCCACUUCAAUUGCAUCGAUGAUUCCCGCGCCACCUGCGACAUCGACCAAACGAACGUUCAAGCCAUCUAUUCUGAAGGUUCACAAGAAUAAACGCAAGCCUCGGUUCUCGGCGAAGAAAGAAUUUGUCGCGGCUGAAAAAUUUAAUGCGGCAGAUUUGGAUGAAGAGAGGUGGUUGCCUAUGAGAUUACGGUCAUACUACAAGCCCACAAAGAAAGAUAGAAAGAAGGGAGGCCAGCAAGGAGCGUUGGAACAACCAAAGGAUAAGAAGAAGAAAAAGUCGAAAAAGUAG